AAAAUAGAGUGAGUUUUAACUUAACCCUUUUUUCUUAUUUUGACAAGAAAAUAAAAAUAAAGGGAACUAUUGGAAAGCUCCGCUUUUCAUCAUCGUUGUUGCUUAUUUGCUACGAGCAUCUGCCGGCCAGAAGCUACUCCACAUCUGUUCAUCUCCGAGGGAAAAUGGCGUUGAGGCAGAUGUUAGGAUGGUCAGAAGGAGAUCUAAUGAGGUCAGAUGCAAAGCCAUGUUCAAGGCUCAUGAGACAAACUGCUGCUAUUUUCACUGUUGGUGGAGCUCUUGGUUUCUGGGUUCUCUGCAGACUUCACUAUGGUCCGAGGGUUACAGUACCAAGAAGUCUACGAUGGGCUGGUUGUGGAGCUGUGUCCAUGAGUGCUUCUACUGCAACACUUGUCCGUCUCCUGAGCCCUGAAUGUGAACCCCAAAACAUUGUUGCAUACGACCAACCCAAAGCCCCUCAAGCUUCACUCCCUUAGACCAUCAGUUUCUGACUUGAUCUGUUAUGUGUAUGUACCUCAGGAGUGUUCAAGAUGAGCUACUUCAAGAUAAGCUAUUGGGCUCAACUCAGCUCAGCAUAUUAUGAACUCGAGUACUUUAUGAUCCAUCUCAGCUGAUUGAUUAGCUUAAAUAAACUCAACUUAAACUUGGACUAUUUUGAUCAUAAGCUAAAUGAAUUAGCUCGCGAGUGUUAAUUCGUUUGCUCAUCCAGCUGAUCCAUUUUGGUAAAAACGUAAAUCAAUGUUCGUUUCUUUUUAUGUAUUAAAAUGUAACAUUCAGACACAUUACCUAAUUACAUUUUCGAAAAUUCACCUUAAA